AUGGGGAGAGGGAAAAUAGAGAUAAGGAGGAUAGACAAUUCGACGAGCAGGCAAGUGACGUUCUCGAAGCGGAGGAAUGGACUCCUGAAGAAAGCGAAAGAGUUGGCAAUCCUUUGCGACGCCGAAGUUGGAGUCAUCGUCUUCUCCAGCACCGGAAAGCUCUACGAUCUCGCAAGCUCCAGCAUGAAAUCCGUAAUCGAAAGAUACCAAAAGACUAAAGAGGAGCACAACAAUGUACUGGGGAAUCCCACUUCUGAAGUCAAGUUCUGGCAAAGAGAGGCAGCAAUGUUGAAGCAACAGCUACAGAGCUUGCAAGAAAACCACAGGCAAAUGAUGGGUGAAGAGCUUUCAGGCUUGGGUAUAAAGGAUUUACAGAAUUUAGAAACCCAAUUGGAGAUGAGCCUGAGAGGUGUUCGGAUGAAAAAGGUUCGAUGCCUAAGCACUGAUCACACUGUGACAUGAUCAGGUGUACUGCGUGUUUAGUCUGACUAACUGAUAAUUGGUAUUUUGGUCUUCCUUAGGACCAAGUCCUAGUGGACCAAGUGCAAGAAUUAAACAGAAAGGGUAACCUCAUCCACCAGGAAAAUGUGGAGCUCUAUAAGAAGGUAACCCUACUACGAAAGGAAAACGUGGAAUUACACAAAAAGGUUUACGGGGCGAGAGAAGCGAACAGAAACUCCCUGCUCAUCAAUGGCCUGACCAUCCAGGAGGAUUCAGAUGUGCCAGUACGUCUCCAGCUCAGCCAGCCACAAGACGAAGAUCGUCGUGAUCUUACACCACCAAGAACCACAAAAUUAGGGCUACAACUGCAUUAGCAAACGAAGAUGCAGCUAAUGGGAGUGAAUGCGCUAAGUUGUACGUACAGUGGCUCAUGUACUGCAAACUGAAGUCACUAGUGCCUGAUCAGCUGCUGGCCAAAGGAAAAGCCAGGAUUUUAUUUCCUAGGACAAUUGAAAAAAGAACAAUAUUUAAUUUCUUCUUCAAGCUGUAAUAAAGAGGAAUUUGGCUUAUUGCGCUGCGUAUUUAGUGCUUCUUGUCCAGUCUUUUGAAGCUGAUCAAAAGAAGCAACUACUCUUGUUUGUUUUAGGAUUAACAAAUUGGUGAGCAAUGAACAGGCAUAACAUGACCAAGCAGAUGGUUCAAGAAGCAAAGUUAUCCACCGCAAGAGAAGCAGCAACUAUGUCUGACAUUUUUGUCAACACCAAUAUGAGCAACUGAUUCCACCCCAUUCCAAUGCAGAACAAAAUCUCCUAUCACAGCAAAAA